AUGUCUUUUAGAAAAACAACUUUCUCUUAAUAUUCUACUAAUGUCUUGAAGUUAGAAAAUGAUCAAGAUUAUUCAUCUGCCAAAACUCUUUAGAAAUCCAAUUAUACUAUAACAACAAAUUAUAACUCCCCUUAGGGUAAUCUAGAUAGUCUAGACAACUUGCUAGAUUAACAGUCUUCUAAGAAAUCUCGCUUCUUUUUUAGUCAAAAAAUUGAUAGUGAAGAGAGUACUCGAUAUAUAAAGACAGAAAGUGAUGUAUAAUAAAAGGAAGUAAGGGAAGUAAGACCUUUUCGUUUUAGAAGAAAAGAAGUCUAACCAAAAAUAGAUUUAAAUGAUAAGAAUGAUGUGGAUGACUUUUUUACUGGAGUUGAAAUACCAAGAAUAAGUUAAUAAGCUUAAAAAUAAAAUCCAUAUCAAUUAGUGACCUUCACUGAUUAUGUAGAAAACCUUUAUGGGAAAGAUUGGUUUUAAUAAAGAGAGAGAAAAUUUAAGAGAUAAAUUACAGUUUAAGAUUUCUUUGAUACGCCUUGUUGA